GGUGACUCCUGGCUUCCUGAGGGGAUGGAGGGCAGGGACCAAGACCCAGGCAUAGGGGGACACAAGAAAGAACAGCUGGGCUACAUGGGAAAGUAGUUUGGGGAAUUCAUGAGCAAACACCACUGACCUGUGGAGAAAACUGUUUUGAUAGUUCUAGUGCUUCAGAUUCUCAGAUUGUAGAGGGAGCAAAGGAAAAGGGCAGAAAGUACAUCACGGGAAGCAGAGAGAAGGACUAUGAGAUCACUUUAUGCUGUCUUUUUCCAUUUCCUGCAACUCCCCUUCCAAGUCGCUGAGUUACUUUCAGCUGUGAUUCUGAACCACUAAGAUAUUCUCAUAUUUCUCUGAUUCCAGGAAGACUUUCAGCAGUGUCCAGGAGAAUGGUUUUCCAGUGACAUGAGAAGAAAUGGAACCUGAUCUCCAGAGUAGUGAUGGCUGCCAAUAAACCAGGCUGGUGACAGAAAUCAUGGCUGCGACAAGGAGUCCCCAGGCAUACCCAUCAAGCAAGGACUGCUACCAGGGACAGAAAUCAGGCCUUCCCAGCACCAACUCUGACUCAGAAGCCUCCCACCAACGCUUUAGGCAGUUCUGCCCCCAAGAGGUAGCCAGCCCCCACGAAGCCUUUAGCAAGCUCUGGGAACUCUGCUGUCAGUGGCUAAGGCCUAAGACACACUCAAAAGAGCAGAUGUUGGAGCUCUUGGAUUUGGAGCAGUUUCCAACCAUCUUGCCAGAGGAGAUCCAGACCUGGGUGAGGGAGCAACAUCCAGAAAAUGGCGAGGAAGUUGUGGCUGUGGUUGAGGAUGUACAGAGCGCAUCUGGCCAGCAGGUCCCAGAUUCUGGGAAGGACUGGAAAGAGCUCAAUGAGGAGACAGACCUGUUGGGAGUGCCCAGAAAGUCACUGAGAUCCCACCUGAAACGGGGGGUUGAUACAGAGGAAAGCACUUUGAAGGGGUCACAGAGCUCACAACACAGAGCAGGGGAACAGUCAGAAGAGAGGGCCUUCUGCAGGGGCAUCACUCAGAAGAAUGAGAGAGAUCACACUCUGGCAGGUGUGCCCUGGGGCGACGAGGAGACCGAGACCCUCCUGGCCAUCCUCUGGGACGCUCAACUUCAUGAGGACCUCGGACUCGUCAGCACGGCCAGAUCUACAGGGCGGCGGCAGGAC